GGACGGACGGCAGACUACGACGAGCCCCUCAGGAUAGAGGAAGACACACACUGGGCCUCUGAGCAGACGUGAGUAUCCCUCCAUCCAUCUGUCUCUCAUCUUUCCUCCAUCCAGUUCUUUCUCUUUUUCUCCUCCCUCUCUCUGUUCACUGUAGUGGGUGGGUCUCUGUGUGUCAGUCUGUUUCUGUCCCCUCUAUCAGUCUCUCUCGCUCUCUCUGCUAUAAGGUGUUUUUCCUCUUUAUACUGUAUGCUUCUAUGGGCAGUACUCUUUGCCCAUCUGUAUUCAAGUUGGUUGAUGUACACUGUCAGCUCUUUACUGUAAGCUAGAGUAGAAACGUCUUUGGUGGCUUUUGAGAAGCUGUGCUCCUCGUAAGUUGUUCUUGGCUCUUAGCUGAUUAUAAUACUAUUACACCUUUCUCACUUUAACUAUGAUACUGGCCUUAUUUAAUAAUCAUUGUUACCAGCAUGUUCAGGAUCAUUUUCAAGGUGAAAUUGGUCAUUGCCAUGAUCAUAAUAAUGAUUGUUAUCUUCAUAAGCAGAUCUCUAUAUGAAGUACCAUUGGAAUGUUGCAUUGUAAACUUGAGUACCGUUAUCCCUACUGAGUCAGAGGUUACAUUUCUGACCUAAACAUGUACAUCCCCAAACCCAACAGAUGGCUCAUUAUCAUAUUAUGCAGAGAGAGGCAGUCAAAAUCUCCCACACAGCCCAACACUAACACUAAUAUAUUAUCCACCACGCGUCAUCUAACCAUAUUUCAGGUCAAUGUUGUGAGGAAUUGUGGGUGAAAUGUCCCACUUGGCCAUAUCAGAAUGUUGUCAUUGUAGCUACCAUGAUGUCUUUGUGUAUUUUUGCUGAGUCAGAGCCCACUCUUAGAUGAAAGAUAGAGACCCACACACUGUCGAACAGGAGAAUGUGGCCCAAAAAGGGGCUUGGGAUUUAGAAAUAUGCUCUUUAUUUAAACAAACCAUCACCAUACUAUUUUCUUGCCACAGCAAAGCUAUGUGUGUUCUGCUACAUAUCACACCAUGUAUUUUGUUUGUGCCUUUAUCUAUACCAGGGCAACAUUAGGUUAGAGUUUAGAUUUCUUUUAAAUGCAUGACGUAUUCGAAAGCAUGUUUUAUUGAUGAAACACAGCUCUGAAUUGUAAACAAUAUGACUCACUUCCUGUUUCCUGUCCCGUAGGUCAAAGGUCACAGAAGGAACGCACAUUGCCAUGAUCAACCAGCUGAAGGAGGCUGUGGAGCUACUACAAGACCCUAACAGGUGGGCUCCGUUAUGAAUCUGUUAUAAUACUGGUUAAUUCUGGUUAUAGCUGGUUAUAAUACUAUUACACCUUUCUCACUUUAACUAUGAUACUGGCCUUAUUUAAUAAUCAUUGUUACCAGCAUGUUCAGGAUCAUUUUCAAGGUGAAAUUGGUCAUUGCCAUGAUCAUAAUAAUGAUUGUUAUCUUCAUAAGCAGAUCUCUAUAUGAAGUACCAUUGGAAUGUUGCAUUGUAAACUUGAGUACCGUUAUCCCUACUGAGUCAGAGGUUACAUUUCUGACCUAAACAUGUACAUCCCCAAACCCAACAGAUGGCUCAUUAUCAUAUUAUGCAGAGAGAGGCAGUCAAAAUCUCCCACACAGCCCAACACAAACACUAAUAUAUUAUCCACCAUGCGUCAUCUAACCAUAUUUCAGGUCAAUGUUGUGAGGAAUUGUGGGUGAAAUGUCCCACUUGGCCAUAUCAGAAUGUUGUCAUUGUAGCUACCAUGAUGUAUUUGUGUAUUUUUGCUGAGUCAGAGCCCACUCAUUGUCACACACACUGUACCACAUGCUGCUCCCUCCUACUCUGCAACAUGUAUGGUAGCAGUAAUAAUGUAUUUGGCUGUCUUCCCUGGUUCUGUGAACAUAUAGUUCAGUGCAGGGACUGGAAUGACUCCAGGGCUGGCUCACUGGAGGUAAAAGACAGUCAUUGGGCAUUGAGCUGUGAAGCUGUGAGGAUCUGUGUAGUUGUCUGACCCCCCUACUCUGUCUCUCUCUCUCUUUCUCUCUAUCUUUCUCUCUCACUCUUUCUACUCUCUCUGCUCUCAGAGUGAGUAUGGAAACAGAGGACCUAUCUGGAGUUCAGCUUUACCCUGUUGAGAUGGUCAUGGUGGAAGACUCUCUCAAGUAAGACUGUUUGUGUGUGUGUGUGUCUGUGUGUAUGUGCGUUGCGUGCACACGUGCGUUAUUUCUUACUCUCUCUCUGUCUCUCUCUCACUACAGUGGCCAAGACAGUGACGGCAGUGAAGGACAAACCACACCCAAGGUGAGACAUCAUUCCUAUGAGAAUCACGUAUGUGGUUUUACUGCAUAAUGUACACACCUACAGUGCAUUCGGAAAGUAUUCAGACCCCUUGCUUUUUCCACAUUUUGUUACGUUACAGCCUUUUUUUUAUUUAGGGGGUAGAUCAGCUUUAAUAUUGCAGAUAGAUUGUAACUUCCAACAAUGUAAUUGUCUGCAUCACUUCCAAUCCCCCAUAUGUUUCUUUUUCUUUUUUUUCUCUCGCAUAUAUAUAUAUAUAUAUAUAUAUAUAUAUAUAUAUAUAUAUAUAUAUAUAUAUAUAUAUAUAUCCUUUAAAAAUCUAUAUAUUUCCCUUUAUUACUUUCUAACCACACUAUCCCUUCCCUAAUUGGAGUAAACUAGUGAACAACAAUGCUUAGGCCUCUACUUCAUGCGUAUACAUACUAUAUACAUUUUAUGGACACAGUCAAUAAUUAUAAUUUGUUUGUUUUUACUCCUGAACUUCCUCCGAUCAUUUUCAUGAUGUCCAUCUGGUAUGCUUCUAUAUGCCAUAUCUUUGUAACUGUGCUCUUUCACAAAAGCUCACAAUAUUUAACCUAUAUACUUAUUAUGGACACAGCAUGUCUUACACUAGUUAUCUUGUUGUUAUUAGUUGUUGUUGUUAGUCCCAUCCUUCAGCUCCAUUCAACACCUCCCAUCUAUCGCUUUACACCAUCCAUAUUGGAUUUCUAUUUGCCAUAUAUUUUUCAACUGUACUGUGAUGUUUUACAAAAGUUCUGAACCUUUUUAUUCUCAUUGUUUCUACAGUUUGUGAAUUGAAAAUAAAAAUUGUUUCUAAAAGUAUUAUUAUAUUAUUGAUCGAUUGACUAUGACUUUUCAGAUCACCCAGUAGUGCUAUCUGCAGGGUCAGCUCCAUGCAAAUAUUGCAAUCCUUCAGCCAUUCCUGGACCUGUGUCCAGAAACAAGCUACAAAUGGACAGUACCAAAGCAAAUGAUCUAAUGAUUCUGUCUCUUCACAGCCAAAUCUGCAGAGCUGGGAAGAUUGCAUCCCCCAUACAAAUAACAUUCUAUUGGUAGCAAGAAUUUUAUAUAAUAAUUUAAAUUGAACAAUUCUAAGUUUUGAAUCCGGCGUCGUUUUGCGUAUCAGUUCAUAAACACUAUGCCAUGGAAUCGGUAUGUAAAAAAUCUCUUCCCAACUAUUUUGCAAUCUAUAUGGGACGGCUGUCAAUCUUUUGAUCCUUAAAUGAAACUGGUAAACUUUUUUAUUUAUCACAAUUUUCUUUAACCAAUUAUGUUCUUUAAUGCAAGGCCGACAGACAAGUUCCUUACGUUACAGCCUUAUUCUGAAAUGGAUUAGAUAGUUUUCCCCCUCAUCAAUCUACACACAAUACCCCCUUAAUGACAAAACAAAAACAGGUUUUUAGAAAUUUUAGCAAAUGUAUUAAAAAUAAAUAACGUAAAUAUCACAUUUACAUAAGUAUUCAGACCCUUUACUCAGUACUUUGUUUAAGCACCUUUGGCAGCGAUUACAGCCUCAAGUCUUCUUGGGUAUGACGCUACAAGCUUGGCACACCUGUAUUUGGGGAGCUUCUCCCAUUGUUCUCUGCAGACCCUCUCAAACUCGGGUUGGAUGGGGAGCGUCGCUGCACAGCUAUUUUCAGGUCUCUCCAGAGAUGUUCGAUCGGGUUCAAGUCCUGGCUCUGGCUGGGCCACUCAAGGACAUUCAGAGACUAGUCCCGAAGCCACUCCUGUGUUGUCUUGGCUGUGUGCUUAGGGUCGUUGUCCUGUUGGAAGGUGAACCUUCACCCCAGUCUGAGUGCUCUGGAGCAGGUUUUCAUCAAGGAUCUCUCUGUACUUUGCUCUGUUCAUCUUUCCCUCGAUCCUGACUAGUCUCUCAGUCCCUGCCGCUUAGAAAAACAUCCCCCACAGCAUGAUGCUGCCACCACCAUGUUCCAAACUUCUUCCAUUUAAGAAUGAUGGAGCCCACUGUGUUCUUGGGGACCUUCAAUGCUGCAGACAUUUUUCGGUACCCUUCCCCAGAUCUGUGCCUCGACACAAUCCUCUCUUGGAGCUCUACGGACAAUUCCUUUCACCUCAUGGCUUGGUUUUUUCUCUGACAUGCACUGUCAACUGUGUGACCUUAUAUAGACAGGUGUGUGCCUUUUCAAAAUCAUGUCCAAUCAAUUGAAUUUACCUCAGGUGGACUCCAAUCAAGUUGUAGAAACAUCUCAAGGAUGAUGAAUGGAAACAGAUUCACCUGAGUUCAAUUUCGAGUCUAAUAGCAAAGGGUCUGAAUACUUAUGUAAAUAAGGUAUUUCUGUUUGUUUUUUUGUUUUUAUUUGCAAUCAUUUCAAAAAAAUCUGUUUUCGCUUUGUCAUUAUGGGGUAUUGUGUGUAGAUUGAUGAGGAUAAAAAAAAAAAAAACAUUUUAGAAUAAGGCUGUAACAUAACAAAAUGUGGAAAAAGUCCAGGGGUCUGAAUACUUCAUGAAUGCACUGUACGAGCACCCUUUGAGCACCUAUACUGCAUAACCUCUGACUAUGACCAUUGUGUGAGUAUGUGCACCAUCUGUAUGUGCAGUUAAAGGGUGUGUGUGAUGGUGUCAAACUAAAAUAUAUCAGCAUCUGUGUUACAGACUAAGACCCCUCUCCUGAGUUGGUGUGUGUUUAGUCUCCCUCCCUGAGCAAGCAGCCCUGCACUUCCUAUUCCUCUGAUGUCAUUUCCUGUCUUCUGUAAUAUAGCUCUGCUGCUCGUUGGUAGUUGAAUAUUGUUAAGAUGACUUGUUUGUAGUAUAACUUAUUUGAGUUGUGGUGAAUGUUGUUUUGGAGCCGUAUUAGAGUGUAAGCUUGUCUCCUUUGUAGAGUGUAAUGAUUUCUGGAAGUAAAGCUUGAAUUGGUGUGGUAGAUGUACAAAUAAGUUCCACUGGUUGGUAUGUUCUAUCUAGUGGGACACUCCCGAUGGAGGCUUUGAGUUCCAGAAGAAACGAGAGUUGAUUCUAGAGAGGGCCAGGCUGGAGGCCCAGCUUGCAUGCCAACAAUAUGAGAGACAUAUGUCCAACCAGGUAACCCUAGUAACAAGCCAUGGGUGGCCACGCCCCCUCAGGCUUACCAGCCAAUCCCUGCCUCCGACUUACCUCAUCUAGUGUCAGUGUGUUUGUGUGUGUGUUUAUGUGUGUGGUCACUUCAUGCUCUUAACCACUGGUCCCAAGUCAGUUUUUGUGUAAAGUGUUACAUAGUUCCGAAGAGGGCUACAGUAGGGGUAGCUCAUCCUAGAUACAAUGGGGAGAACAAGUAUUUGAUACACUGCUGAUUUUGCAGGUUUUCCUACUUACAAAGCAUGUAGAGGUCUGUAAUUUUUAUCAUAGGUACACUUCAACUGUGAGAGACGGAAUCUAAAACAAAAAUCCAAAAAAUCACAUUGUAUGAUUUUUAAGUAAUUCAUUUGCAUUUUAUUGCAUGACAUAAGUAUUUGAUACAUCAGAAAAGCAGAACUUAAUAUUUGGUACAGAAACCUUUGUUUGCAAUUACAGAGAUCAUACGUUUCCUGUAGGUCUUGACCAGGUUUGCACACACUGCAGCAGGGAUUUUGGCCCACUCCUCCAUACAGACCUUCUCCAGAUCCUUCAGGUUUCGGGGCUGUCGCUGGGCAAUACGGACUUUCAGCUCCCUCCAAAGAUUUUCUAUUGGGUUCAGGUCUGGAGACUGGCUAGGCCACUCCAGGACCUUGAGAUGCUUCUUACGGAGCCACUCCUUAGUUGCCCUGGCUGUGUGUUUCGGGUCGUUGUCAUGCUGGAAGACCCAGCCACGACCCAUCUUCAAUGCUCUUACUGAGGGAAGGAGGUUGUUGGCCAAGAUCUUGCGAUACAUGGCCCCAUCCAUCCUCCCCUCAAUACGGUGCAGUCGUCCUGUCCCCUUUGCAGAAAAGCAUCCCCAAAGAAUGAUGCUUCACGGUUGGGAUGGUGUUCUUGGGGUUGUACUCAUCCUUCUUCUUCCUCCAAACACGGCAAGUGGAGUUUAGACCAAAAAGCUCUAUUUUUGUCUCAUCAGACCACAUGACCUUCUCCCAUUCCUCCUCUGGAUCAUCCAGAUGGUCAUUGGCAAACUUCAGACGGGCCUGGACAUGCGCUGGCUUGAGCAGGGGGACCUUGCGUGCGCUGCAGGAUUUUAAUCCAUGACGGCAUAGUGUGUUACUAAUGGUUUUCUUUGAGACUGUGGUCCCAGCUCUCUUCAGGUCAUUGACCAGGUCCUGCCGUGUAGUUCUGGGCUUAUCCCUCACCUUCCUCAUGAUCAUUGAUGCCCCACGAGGUGAGAUCUUGCAUGGAGCCCCAGACCGAGGGUGAUUGACCGUCAUCCAUUUUCUAAUAAUUGCGCCAACAGUUGUUGCCUUCUCACCAAGCUGCUUGCCUAUUGUCCUGUAGCCCAUCCCAGCCUUGUGCAGGUCUACAAUUUUAUCCCUGAUGUCCUUACACAGCUCUCUGGUCUUGGCCAUUGUGGAGAGGUUGGAGUCUGUUUUAUUGAGUGUGUGGACAGGUGUCUUCUAUACAGGUAACGAGUUCAAACAGGUGCAGUUAAUACAGGUAAUGAACAGUUAAUACAUGUAAUGAGUGGAGAACAGGAGGGCUUCUUAAAGAAAAACUAACAGGUCUGUGAGAGCCGGAAUUCUUACUGGUUGGUAGGUGAUCAAAUACUUAUGUCAUGCAAUAAAAUGCAAAUUAAUUACUUAAAAAUCAUACAAUGUGAUUUUCUGGAUUUUUGUUUUAGAUUCCGUCUCUCACAGUUGAAGUGUACCUAUGAUAACAAUUACAGACCUCUACAUGCUUUGUAAGUAGGAAAACCUGCAAAAUCGGCAGUGUAUCAAAUACUUGUUCUCCCCACUGUAUGUGGUUAAGGGCAUUAGAGGUUGAAUCCUAACUCUGCAAAAACCUGCCAUUGACUUCAAUGCAAGAUUGCGUGAACGUUUACUUGGAUCUCAAGUUAGGAUUCAGCACUAUGCGACCAGUAGGUGUGUUUGCUGGUGUGACCUCUAUCCUGUUACCUAGCUAGCCAACCCAUUACUUUUUAGACCUGUGUGUCAGUCUGCUGUUUUGCAUAUCUGUAACUUUGAUCUUACCUUUGUUUACGCUUCUAGAGGUACAGUAGAUGAAGGGAAUUAUUUGAAGCAGGUGCUUGUGUGUAGUGUUGAUGUUUUUGUUGUGUCUUUGUGAGAUUUUGUUGUGUGUAGCAUGUUGCUAUAGUUUGCAGUAUGUGAAGUUGACCAAUAGUUUACAAACAUGAGGAUUUUACCCUGACCCAGUCUGGGUCAAUACCAUGGGAGCUGUUGCACAGAUAUGAUUGGUCCUGAGCUUCAGAGCAAAACAGGGAUUGGCUCACACACUUUAUAGGCCUAACCAAAUGCUUUUGAACUUAAACGUUGGUUUCAUUUCUUUAACAAGCUCUAGCCAGAGGGUUGAAAACCCUGUAGUUGAAACACACCAGGACCAAGGAAGAAGGAACAACUCCUGAGUGGCGCAGUGGUCUAAGGCACUGCAUCGCAGUGCUAACUGUGUCACUAGAGAUCCUGGUUCGAAUCCAGGCUCUGUCGCAGCCGGCCGCGACCAGGAGACUCAUGGGCGGCGCACAAUUGGCCCAGCGUCGUCCAGGAUAGGGGAGGGAAUGGCCGGCAGGGAUGUAGCUCAGUUGAUAGAGCAUGGCGUUUGCAACGCCAGGGUUGCGGGUUCGAUUCCCACGGGGGGCCAGUAUAAAAAAAAAAAAAAAUGUAUUCACUAACUGUAAGUCGCUCUGGAUAAGAGCGUCUGCUAAAUGACUAAAAUGUAAAUGUAAUGUAAAUGUAAACAACAGCAUAGCACAUAACAAGGAGAAGACAUUAGCUGUGUUCGAAUUCUAUUCGCACAAACCGUACUAUUUGUGACGUAAAUUGAGUAUGUAGUAUGCUUAUUGGUCAUUGUAUGGAUAUAGUUAGUAUGCCAAAAGUUCCCGGAUGUCGUACUACAUUCGCCAAAAUAUGACUUAUACAUGCAGUGGACACUAUUUCUGUGCUUUUAGGGCCCAUAAUGCAAUUAUUCAGAAAAUGGGCGUGGCUUCACAACUUUUCAGAUUUGAAGAAAAUGGCUGAAAAUAUGCAGCCGAAGUCCGACGAGAGCUGAUACAAAUUCAUUGCUUUAACUAAUAAUGACAAAUGUUAAGAAAAUGUUGAGCAAUGUAAUAAAGUAAUGACUUUUCAAAUAAGUUACGUUACACGUUAUGUUGGCUGACAAUUUGUUAGCUACGCUAGCCUUACGAACCGCAUAGCAUAUCAUUACAGCAGUUGCUUGUACAGUGAGGGAAAAAAGUAUUUGAUCCCCUGCUGAUUUUGUACGUUUGCCCACUGACAAAGACAUGAUCAGUCUAUAAUUUUAAUGGUAGGUUUAUUUGAACAGUGAGAGACAGAAUAACAACAAAAGAAUCCAGAAAAACGUAUGUCAAAAAUGUUAUAAAUGUAUUUGCAUUUUGAUGAGGGAAAUAAGUAUUUGACCCCUCUGCAAAACAUGACUUAGUACUUGGUGGCAAAACCCUUGUUGGCAAUCACAGAGGUCAGACGUUUCUUGUAGUUGGCCACCAGGUUUGCACACAUCUCAGGAGGGAUUUUGUUCCACUCCUCUUUGCAGAUCUUCUCCAAGUCAUUAAGGUUUUGAGGUUGACGUUUGGCAACUCGAACCUUCAGCUCCCUCCACAGAUUUUCUAUGGGAUUAAGGUCUGGAGACUGGCUAGGCCACUCCAGGACCUUAAUGUGGUUCUACUUGAGCCACUCCUUUGUUGCCUUGGCCGUGUGUUUUGGGUCAUUGUCAUGCUGGAAUACCCAUCCACGACCCAUUUUCAAUGCCCUGGCUGAGGGAAGGAGGUUCUCACCCAAGAUUUGACGGUACAUGGCCCCGUCCAUCGUCCCUUUGAUGCGGUGAAGUUGUCCUGUCCCCUUAGCAGAAAAAUACCCCCAAAGCAUAAUGUUUCCACCUCCAUGUUUGACGGUGGGGAUGGUGUUCUUGGGGUCAUAGGCAGCAUUCCUCCUCCUCCAAACACGGCGAGUUGAGUUGAUGCCAAAGAGCUCGAUUUUGGUCUCAUCUGACCACAACACUUUCACCCAGUUCUCCUCUGAAUCAUUCAGAUGUUCAUUGGCAAACUUCAGAUGGCCCUGUAUAUGUGCUUUCUUGAGCAGGGGGACCUUGCGGGCGCUGCAGGAUUGACAGUUAUUUCGUGUUUCUUCCAUUUGCGAAUAAUCGCACCAUCUGUUGUCACCUUCUCACCAAGCUGCUUGGCGAUGGUCUUGUAGCCCAUUCCAGCCUUGUGUAGGUCUACAAUCGUGUCCCUGACAUCCUUGGAGAGCUCUUUGGUCUUGGCCAUGGUGGAGAGUUUGGAAUCUGAUUGAUUGAUUGCUUCUGUGGACAGGUGUCUUUUAUACAGGUAACAAGCUGAGAUUAGGAGCACUCCCUUUAAGAGUGUGCUCCUAAUCUGAGCUCUUUACCUGUAUAAAAGACACCUCGGAGCCAGAAAUCUUUGUGGUCCUCUGUAGCUCAGCUGGUAGAGCACGGCGCUUGUAACGCCAAGGUAGUGGGUACGAUCCCCGGGACCACCCAUACACAAAAAAUAAAUAAAAAUGUAUGCGCGCAUGACUAUAAGUCGCUUUGGAUAAAAGCGUCUGCUAAAUGGUAUAUUAUUAUUAUUAUGAUAAAAUACUUAUUUCCCUCAUUAAAAUGCAAAUCAAUUUAUAACAUUUCUGACAUGCGUUUUUCUGGAUUUUUUGUUUGUUAUUCUGUCUCUCACUGUUCAAAUAAAUCUACCAUUAAAAUUAUAGACUGAUAAUUUCUUUGUCAGUGGGCAAACGUACAAAAUCAGCAGGGGAUGUUUUUCCCUCACUGUAUGUACCUGUAUGUUAGCUAGCUACCUAACAUUAGUUGGAUACUAAUACAUCGAACUUGCCAGUAUAUUAACUAUAUGCUAUCUAACUAACUACCCAGUGUUUAUUGACUUGAUUAUUCACGUAAUUCUUAGAUUAGCUAAGUGGUAUAGUCGUUGUGCGUUCUCAAUGGAGUCGUAAGAUGUCUAGCUAGUAAUUUGUUAUGCUAACAAGCUAGAUAGAAGUUGCAUAGCAACCACAUCAACAUCCGGUAGACAGGCGAAGGGCUAGUACACUCAACUGAAAGGAUACAGUUUGUUUACAGGAUACUAAAAUGAAUUUAUAGUAUACACUCAUCAAGUUUGUAGUAUACAGUAUGUUAGUAUGGGUAUUCGAACACAGCUAUUGUCUGGUGGUUCUUUCAAAAUCUUCAACAUUGCUCUAGCGUUGUCACACACACACACACACACACACAGACAAGGCUAUUGGGGACAGGGCACACAUCCAACACUGACCACUUGAAGAGAGCACUGUCACCACAUAGCAACACCAUGUCCAAUACCAGCUACAUGGCCAUAGCAACAGUGACCUCAGCACAAUCAAGCUAGAGGACAACUGGCCAUACCAGUCAAUCUGGGUGAGGGUCAGCGAGAAAGGGACAGAGUGAGUUAUGAUCUAGUUAAGCCAGCUCAGAGGUCAUCUGUAGUGUUACAUAGUCACAGUAUAGGACGCCAAACACCAAUCUAAAUCCUGCACACACAUGUUCAUCAUACACACAUACACAGUGGACAAACAGAGGUCACACACAUACACAUUCAACACCAGCUGGCUUGUCCCCAAUUCCCCCAGUAGACCUGGAUAAUGUGUGUGUUGUUUAAGUGUACUCUCAGGAGAAGAGGGUCCCUAACCUUUAUGUGUGUACUCCCUUUGAUUCUCUACCAGGGAGAAGACAGAGUUCCAGGCAGCGGUCCCACGUUUACCACCCCUCUCACCCCUCCCUUCGGGCUGAAGCACCGCUCGGGUGAGUGCCGUCUGGGCAUGGCUCACUACCGGGGUUGGGUAGAGGCCUGGAUGGGUGGGUGAUGGCGGAUACCCCUCUAUAGUCUUCAUAAUCAAUACAAUACACACAUCUCAGUCAGAUAGGUGCACAAUACCUCCGACUGUCUACACAGACUACAGUCCCUAAUAGAGUCCAUUCAUGCGUCCAUCCUUUCUCUCCAAAAUGAAGACAUGGACGUCCUCAAUCCCCUCCGCUCUGCUUCUCCCCCAAACCCCAAAUCCUCCCACACCCCAAUCCAGCUUUUAUAGGGUUAUACCAUUACCCCAAAGUAAGAAAGACCUGGGUUCAGUUCCUCCAAUAGUCAAGAGUCAAUCCCCCCCCAAAAGUCACAACCCCCCCCCGAAAGUCACAACUUCUAAUGAGGCACAUAAUACCUCAUAACACCCUCUGUCCCCAAAAGCAGCAGCAGUUGGGUCAUGCUGUAGAGGCUACCAGCCCUGUCCUGACUAACAUGCAUUGCUCCCAUAAUGUUUCUGUAACGCUGUGUGAACAUGGCCCAGAGAGAAAGUGAUGUGUGUUUGCUGAGAAUACGUGGGUGUGAGUACUCUGCAACCAAUCCCAAAGAGUGGCUAUGGAGGAAGCGGAUACAAACACACAUACAGUCUCUUCCUUCUUUGAGUUAACUAACUGAUGGACUGGUUAGCUACAUCCCAUGGAACAGAGCAAUCCUUUCCGAACCCUCUAUAGCUGUCUGGUACUCCUCAUGGUCAGAUGGCUUUGGGUGCAGGUUCACUGAAAUUACUCUAGCGUCUGAUAUUUGCUGCUUGUAGAAAUAGAGCUAGCAUCCAUCCAGCUAGUUGCUACGUACAGUAGGUUACUACUGUAGUGUGUGAAAUGUAGCUUUACCUGCUAACAUUAACAGCAUGUCAUGAAAUCUGUAUUGUGAAAUGGCACUAAUAUUGAUUAAUUUUUUUAUCUUUGUUUUGUGUUGUUUUUUUUCUCUCGCAUAUCCUUUGUUUCUUCUUUUCCUCUUUCCUCUUCCUCUCCUUUACUCCCUUUCUAUCUUUCUACCAACUGCUGCAUGACCUCUCACACCAAUUCUCACUCCAAUCACAUCCCUUUAUCUAACCCAAUCUGCCUUUGCAUGCGAUUAUCAACUGCCGCUGCCUGUUUCGUUCCCUUGUCUUUUAAAAUUCAAACCGAUUUUUCUAUAACCUUUUCUGGUGUCUCGUGUUUUGGGGGUGUGGUUUUGGAAUGGACCUGUCUUGUUCUACUUGGCCCCUCCCCCCUGUGCCACGCCCCACCCUGCCCUUCACCCCUCCCCCUCUACCUCUAGCCCCUGCCUCACUGCCCUGCUCGCCCCCGCCCUGUCUCCGCCCCCCCCUCACACAGGCCUUGUCCGUCGAUAAAGACACUCCCCCUAGACCAAGCGAUGGAGGCAUGCACAGCAGUGGUAGGUCACUCCUUCCGACUAUUCGGCCAAUCGGAGGCCUCGAAAAGAAACAGCUCAACAGUCUCUCAGAUGUUUGCAAAUAA